AUGGCUUCAACCGCUGGAAGAGAUGCCGCUGACACCAGCUUGGACAGUGCUCAGGAUCAGCAUCAACAAGAGCAGGGGCAGCAGCAGCUUGUUGAUACGUCGACAACUAGCCGAAAUUCGGAUCAAGAGCUGCCAACCCUCAAGGACUUCUUGGGAGGGGACUUCGACUCUUUUCGACCCCUUCGUCCUCAACCACGUCCUUUCAUACCAGGUCUCUUCAUACCAGGAAUCUCGGUCCUCUACCUUGACGGUCUACCCAUUCGAACUUACAACAUUUGUGGUAUCACAUACAACAUGCAGCAACCACCCAACGAGACUAAGAGUACCGUCAGUCGGUUCACGAUAGACAGGAGGUGCAUCAAAUACUCGCUGGAAGUCGUACAACAGCCAGAAAAAGCGCGAGCAUGUGGAUCAGGUCCCAGAUCAUCAAAUGACCGGAGACCGGUCGACCCGCCUCCAGUGGUCGAGCUCAAAGUGUUUAUCAACGAUGUCGACACCACAAUGCAAUACGAUGCCACGUUCAUGCUUUAUGCCAGCUUGGAAGUUGCUCGGCCAAUCGCAGGGGGCAAAAUGCACGUACCUCCCGCUAUCCCCGUAUUGGCCGGCGUAACCAUAGCGAGCGCCGCUUAUCUAGAGAAACCGAAACGAGCUGCCUACUUCAUCUUUCCAGAUCUAUCCGUCAGACACGAAGGCUGGUAUCGACUCAGAUUCUCGCUCUUCGAGGGGGUGAAACACGAUCUCGAUGCCGAUCUCGGAAAGCCAUUUGUCCGCGCCGAAAGAGACUGCGAUACCUUGACCGCUCCUGUCCGUCACGAAGGCGUCUUCAAUCGCAUGGAAGUGCUGUCAACUCCGUUCCAGGUCUACAGUGCCAAGAAAUUCCCAGGGCUCAAUCAAAGCACCGCUCUGAGCAUGAUGGUAGCCGACCAAGGUUGCCGAGUUCGCAUUCGAAGAGACGUUCGGCAGAGAAAGCGACGCCAGAAGUCUGGGGCCGAUAUCGACGAUGCCCCAAGUUCAUACCAGGGUACUCCCCAGCCCGGCUAUCGCAAUCUCGACCACUCCAGAUCUGAGAGCCGCAAUAGCAUUGGUACUCAGCACGAGAAUGAUGACAGAAAUCGGGAUCCCGCCGAAGCCCUCUGGGCUCGCCAAGAUGCUGUAAUGCGGGAACAAUACUUGAAGUACGGUCCCGGAUCCACAAUAGGGCUACCCAGCGCUGUACUACCUCCGCCAACCACGUCGAUGCCUCCACCGCCUCCAUACAACCCAUCUGCUGCGCGAAGGCCGUCAUUUGACAAUCGGCCCAAACCAUCAUUCACGAUGCCAACUCCUGUAGUUACGCAGCCUUCCACAGCGCCGCCGAACCAGUCUUCGGUCCCAAGGCCAAUGACUCCAGAUACUGAGAGAAGCCUCACUCUCCCGCCGCUCAGAUUUCCUGGUGCGAGCGCGCCGAAACCAGAUUCACAGGCUCUCAGAUACAAUGUACCGGCACCGUCUGCCACGAAAAGGUCUUUCAGCCCUGGAUCUUACAGCCAGGAUACCUCCUUGAAAGAUGGAGCUCGACCUGGCAUGCCACCCGCACAUUAUCCACCACCACCCCCUCCAAGUGGCAACGACAUAAUCGAGCCGGAUGUUGGUGGCGAGGAUGGUGACGACGAUGAAGAUGCAGAGUUGUUCGCCGAUGCGUUGAUAUACACACGUGCGGAUGGUACAAAAAGCUACAGAUACCGUCCGGCUGCCGGUUAUUUUCGGUGA